AUCAAAAUCGCGUUUCUAUUCCUGUUUUGCAUUGGGAUUUAUGUGUAUUUAUAUGAUGUAACGAGUAGGAAUUUUUACAUUUCCAAAACCAUAAUGGAGGAAGUUCAGCAGUCUCUGAAUACGCAAGUCCUAAUAAUGAAGAGCGACCAACGGACAUCGAGUUUUAUAUUUCAUGGUGAGGCAAAUCGUGUAUCACAAAGCGAGACAAAGGACAAACUUAACAAAGAGAAAACUGUAAACAAAUCAGUAAACUUAAAACGUGGUCAAGAGAGAACUUCGAGGAAAAUCGAUGAAUUGAAGCAGGAGGUGAUCACUAAGGAGUAUCUAAGGAACAAUAAAUAUAAAGUUCCAGUGGUAACAUUGUUCACCUCAUGGUCAGUAGAUAUCGAAAAAUAUCUCUGUCGGAACACAACGGUUCUUAACUGGUCCAGAUUGAAGCCGUUUAUCUCCCCAAUUUUUUUCACAAAUGAUACAGAUCUUAUGACAAGAGUCCGAAAUAAAGGUUGGAAUGUUCAUCCUGUGGUUAAAACUGGUAUAGGUAUUCCGGUUUUGAAGGACAUGUUUCUUGCAGCCAAGAACUUUACAAAAUCGACUUUUUAUGCCUACGCAAACGGGGAUAUUCUAUUUACAGAAGAACUAUUAAAAACUGUUUUAGCUGUUGAAAAAAUGAUAGAUAUACACAAUGAUACAAUACUUAUAAUAGGAAAGAGAACUAACGUACAAAAUAUAUCCAUGCAGGAUGCAGAGAAUUUUGAUUUGUUAAGGAAUAUUUCAAAACAAAGAGGAGAAUUAUUUACUGCAUGGGGUGAGGAUUAUUUUAUAACAAGUGCUAAUUAUCCGUGGAAGGAAAUACCUGAUGUUGUCAUUGGAAGGCGUGCUUAUGAUAAUUUUCUGGUUAUAGAGUCUUUGAAGCGAGGAUUCAUUGUUAUCGAUGCUACAAAAACAAUUUUAGCGGUUCAUUACACGACAAAGAGUGGAAAUUUCGAAAAUCGCAAGAAAGAAAAUAACGAUUACAAUGUUAAAAUUAUUUCUGAAUAUUACAGGAAUGAGACCAUUAAAUAUGUUCAAGGUCUCACAAAAUGUGCCAAUUAUUAUACAAAUUUUUCAUCGAACAGCACAAUAACACUUUUGAAAAAGAAGAAACCCUAUUGUUAA